CCCUCGCCUCGGCAGGCAUGGCAGCGGGCGGCACGUCAGCGCCUUGCGUCGUAAAGCGUGAAGCAUCGUAGUCGCGACGGCGCCGUACGGCAGCGGCGGUUGGCGCCUUUGUGCUGGCGGCGGCGGCGGCGGGAGCGGCGAGUUGCAUUUGGGACGACAGCAAAAUGGCUCGAGGACGCAAGAGCAAUAGCAUCAAACAGAGCGACUUCACCAACAGCACCAACCCCCAGGACUUAGAGAGAAGACUUUUUGUCGGCAAUUUGCCCACAGACCACAUGACUCGUGAAGAAAUGGAAGAGAUAUUUUCAAAAUAUGGCAAAAUCAGGGCCCUCAGCAUGUACCAUGGCUAUGGGUUCGUGCAGUACGACCGUCUGGAGGAUGUCCAGGCCGCUCUGGACGGGGAGAAGGGCCGCCUUUAUAAAGGGUAUAGAUUAGAUAUUAAUAAAGCAGUGGAAAGAAGAAAUAUGAAUAAGGCUUCAUCAAGGUCCAGUCCGGCACGAAGGGAACCCUAUGCCUAUGGGGAUGGCCGAGACAGCAGACGUGACCGCUCCCCUCUUCGGGGGAGCCCACGGAGAGACCCCAGAGAUGGUAGAAAUGGCCGAGAUUCCAGAGACACUCGAGACAUUCGAGCUAGAGACAUGCGUGAUGCCAGAGACCACAGAGACCCCCGGGACCUGCGGGACCCACGGGACAUCAGGGAUCCAAGAGACCUGCGGGACCCUCGUGAUGUUCGAGACCUUCGUGACCCACGGGAGCCGCUGUAUGAUCGAUACAGGGAUCCACGGGAUAUGAGAAAUCCACGAGAUAUGAGGGAUCCACGGGAUAUGAGAGACCCUCGGGACCCUUUGUACAGGCGAGAUGAAUCCUAUGACCGUUACAUUCGCUUCGAAGACUACUGUCGGCGGAAGGACGACUCUUACUAUGACCGUUACAAAGAGCAUUUUGACAGAGCACCAGUGAAUUCAGAUGAGCGCCUGAAGCGCGAGGAGCGGCGCCGGGAGGAGCUGUACCGUCAGUACUACGAGGAAAUCAAGAGACGUUUUGAUGCAGAGAGACCUGUGGAUUGUUCUGUGAUCGUGGUGAAUAAACAGACAAAGGAGUAUGCGGAGUCAGUGGGGCGGAAAGUGCGGGAUCUGGGCAUGGUAGUGGACCUGAUCUUCCUCAACACAGAGAUGUCACUGACGCAAGCCCUGGACGAUGUCAGCAGAGGAGGGUCUCCUUUUGCCAUUGUCAUCACCCAGCAGCAUCAAGUUCACCGCUCUUGCACUGUUAACAUCAUGUUUGGCACCCCACAAGAGCACCGCAACAUGCCCCAGGCCGAUGCCAUGGUGCUGGUGGCCAGGAACUACGAGCGCUACAAAACGGAGUGUCGGGAGAAGGAGCGGGAUGAGAUCGCCCGGCAGGCGGCCAAGAUGGCAGAUGAGGCUGUCCUGCAGGAGCGGGAGCGCCCCGGCCCUGGGGACGAGGGGGCCCGGGGAGGUCAUCCCCCGGCGAUCCAGACUCUCCUGAACCUGCUGGCAGACAACCGCUACCUGACUGCCGAGGAGAUGGACAAAGUGAUCAACUACCUGAGGGACCGGAAGGAGCGGCUGCUGAGGGGCAGCACCGAGGCUCUGCAGGCACCCAUGUCAAGACAGUCUCUGGGGGCACCUUCAGGAUCAUCUCUGGGUGGUCAGUCCAGCCUUCCAAGCAAUCAAGCUCAUCAGGGUUCACAGCCUCUGGUCUCUGCUCCUCCUGUUCCAGUGUCCUCUUCUAAUCCUCAGCAGGAGCUUCAAGCAAAAAUCCUCAGUCUCUUCAACAGUGGGGCAGCAGCAGUGGCCAACAGCACUCCUGCAGCCGCUGCCGGCACGUCGGGCAGCACACCAAGCCAGAACUUUGCUAGCAUGGGCAGUGGCCAGGUCCGCCCAGCACAGAUGGGUGCUGGAAACUUGAACCAGGCUCAGCAGAGAUUGCAGACUCCAAGCACACAGAUUCCUGCUCUCCAAGGCCCUUCAAGAAAUGCAGGUCCAAGGCCUGGAGCUCCUCCACAAGCUCAGUCGCUCUAUGGUCAGCACCAGAAUCGCCUCCCUGCACCUAGCAAUGUACCUGCUCAAAGGCCAGUAUCUUCUGGUAUCAACUUCGACAACCCCAGUGUGCAGAAAGCCUUGGACACCCUUAUCCAGAGUGGUCCUGCACUCUCUCAUUUAGUGAGCCAAACAGUGGCCCAGGGGCGAGCAGGGUCUGCAGUCCAGCAACCUAUGGGUUCCUACCAGCGACACUACUAAAGCUGAGCUGUCAGGCCCUUUCCCCCUCCCUUUGCCAUUCCAUACUUAUACUUGUUUAAAGAGUUUCCUGUCCUUGACACGGGACAAAUGCCCCUGGAUAUGCAUGUGCUCUCCACUUGAUGAGAGCAUACCCCAGUGGCACUGUGCUCUGGCUGGCAGUGUCUGGAGAAGCAUGCUCUGGUUCCUUGGUGGCAGGAGCUGGUUUUGAUAGUUGGUUGUUUUGUCCAGUCCCAGAAGCUGCUGCAGUGAUUGCCCUGCUGCAUUUUCCUCGCUUCCAGCAGCUGGUGCAUCUCCGUGUUGAGGUGCAGUCU